AAUUUGCCCCCACUAUCGGUAUCUACUACUGUGAUGCUAUACAACGUGGAUGGUGACCAACAACAUAUGUCCACUCACCACAAUAUCGAAGAUCACAUAUCAAAAAUAAAAUAAACAAACCCACUGAUCGAUUCUACCCCGCAGAGAAAGUAUGUGGAAUGUACCAUGGGGUCCACUGUUGAUUCUUGUCUUUGUAUAGGAUCACGUGAGUACAUCACGAUCCGCGGCUGACAUAACACCACCAUACAACAACAACCUCUAGCGACAACAACUACGACCCGAAGCAAUCAGACACUGGAAGGACCCAGCUCCUCAAUCAGUUAUUGGAACCUCGUCGCGAGACGGUUUCAGAUGCAAAGUUUCAAAGUGAAGACUGUUGGUGUCAGCAGUCCCUGAAACCCCCUCCUGAACCACCCAUGGCCCACCGGACUCCCAGCGAGCCCAACCAUGCCGCUGCCCACAUUCCCCCCUUCGCAAGGCCGCUCGCUCCUUACAUCCGAACCCGCCAGGAGACCCUGCGCAUUCGACAGGCCCUGACGAUCUACCUCCGCUCGCUCAUUACCUUCGCCGACGACGAUGCCGAUCGUCCGGACCGCCACGCGCAAUCCCACCUCUCCCUGUGUGUGCCUCACGAGGCGGUCGUCGACGUGAAACGCACUCCGCCGGAUGUGUCUGGCUUGAGGGGAGAGUACUUGGAGGCGCUACGGGCGAACGUCGCGGCGAGGAAGGAAUACCAGUCGUUAUGCGAAGGCGAGGCCUCUGCGCCCGCUCCGCCUACCUCGGAGACGCCGAAACCAGAUUCCACCCUCGAGCUCCAGGCCUACCUUCGACUGCUUCGCGAUCGCCGCCAGAAUUCUAAGCUGCGCGUCUUUCAGCACCAUCUGCAACAAAUCAAAGCUCGCGAGACGGUCAAACCGGAGGAUUUUGAGCGGACGGAUGGGAAAGAACGGUUGGUGGUACCGGAGGACUGGACACAAGAUGAGCAGAGCGGGGGCCGGCCCGAAGCGGACAUUGAAGGGUUGUUGCAUAACUUGGAGAGGGCCGUGGUGCGCGCCAAGAGCCAGCUCGACCGUGAGAAGAGGCUGUUUGAGGAGCUGAAGGCGCGGCACGACGCACGGGAGAACCCCGAUGGCAUUGAUCCAGCCGUCAAGCUCGCGGCAUUACAAAGAACCAGAGACGAGUUGGUGCAGUGGCGAAGAUGGCCCCCGGAGGAAAUACCCGCGGAGGAGAUUGAGGAAUCGGUGCGUCUGCUGGAAGAACAAAAGGCACAGGCUAUGGAACUUUACUCCGACUACGUGGACGCCCGCAAGCGGCUUUUGGAUGCCGCAGCUCGCGCCUGUCAGCCCAUCGCCAGCGCUUCCGCGAAGCCUCCGGACCGGUCGCCUGGUCCAGACAAACUCAUUACCGAACCGACACCGUCGCUGGAGAGUCUGGAUGCUCUCUCGUUUACUAGCGACGUUCUACUCCCUCUUGCCAAGAGCCAGCGGGCACUGUCCCUCCAGAAGACCUACCUCGCCGGGCUUCUUGGGAAAGAGAAGUCCACGACGCUCCGGAUCUUGAAUCGCCUCAGCGACGAGAGCCAUCUUCUGCCGGAGUAUCCGAUCUUGGCCCGUCAGCCCCGUUUCAAGCACACCGCCACCGCCGCCCAGAAGGACCCCGCCAAGCAGGAUGCGGUUGUUUCGCUGGCCGAAGCCUGGGCCUUUGCUUCCGACGCGGCGGACUCGGGCAACCGAGAGUUUGUGGAACAGAAGGUGCUCCAGGGGACUGAAACGACGGAGGAUGCGCAGCAGGCGCUGCAAGAGAUCUACGGUCUGCUCAACCAGGACCUCGAGGAGACUCUACGCGAAGCCGAUGGGGACGGGCAAGGCGACAAUGACAUCUGGGCGUCUGAGGCACGGUCGAUCCGGUCGCGGACGAGAGCCAACCGGAGUGAACGGCGACCCAAGGGGCCCUGGUCCCGACUGAAUGGGCGGAUUGGCGUGGAAUGAUUGGAUUGAUGAUUUAAUAAUAUGACUUCCAUUGGUACACUACCUACCUAGUACCUACUAAGGAAUAAGCACCGACGUGAGGGAUCUGCCUAGUCAAUCUCAUAAUGCAAAUUAAUAUCUAGGUACCUUAACCUUAUUGACCCUAAUUGGCUUUCCACGGGUACUACCGCGAUAUGGGUGUUAUCAGGUGAUCCGGCCUCCGAAUGCCAUUGCCGGUUGCCGGUCCCAAGGCGUCUAGCGUGGUAGCGAGGCUGCUGCAGCGGGGACUGAACCCCA